UUCCACAACACGCAAACACGUGACAAGUGCGUUUGCCUUUGCUGACUUUGAUCCCACACAUCACAUCACUGCAAGACUGCAUCACACACCAACAGCAUGGCGAUAAGCAUAUCACCGACAGUGGUGGGCACAGCUGCGACCACGGUGGCCUCUGUCAUGGCGGUCAACCUCAUUGGCGUGCUCUCAGCACACUUCCCGAGACAUCCAUCGGGGCGCGUCGGCCCAUCAGGGCUUGUGCCACAGCGUGCCAUCUCUGCGUUGGCCACCAUUGCCACAGCCAUCUAUGUGCCGUGUCUCACGUUCUACAGCCUCGGCAGCCGCCUGUCUGUUGACGUGUUCCAGGAGGCAUGGCCGGUGCUCUUCUGGGCACCAUGCAACAUCACGCUGGCAGCGGUCCUUGCCUGGCUGACCACACGCAUCGCGCUUGUGCCCAAGCCGUUCCGCAAGGAGUUCCUCCUCGCGUGCUCCUUCUCCAACGUUGGCGCAGUGCCGCUUGUCAUGACAGAGGUGUUGUGCGACCAACAGCAACUAGCGCACGAGGAGGACUGCUUUGAGCGUGGAACGACGUUCAUCUUCCUCUACGUAUUCGGGUGGUCACUCUGCUUCUGGACCGUUGGCCUCGUCGUCAUCCGCAGCUUCCAAAACGCGGAUGGAAAGACGCGGAUAUCGCUGUGCGAAUCCCUCAAGUUCAUGCUCAACCCGCCACUCCUUGGCUGCUUGAUCGGCACAUUUGUUGGCCUCAUCGGGCCGCUUCGACGCGUCAUCUUCGACGAUGGCGCACCGCUGCUCUUCAUCUCAUCCGCCGCCAGCGCAUAUGGAUCGAGCGUUGUCGGCAUGACAACCCUGGUCAUGGCCGCCACACUCGGAAAAUCGCUGACAUCGCUCAACCCGCUCACGUGGUUUGGUUGCCACCACCCGCGAGGCAAGGCCACCCCAACAGACCAUCAGCAGCAGCAGCAACAGGAGGACAGUGGCAGCGGUGGCAGUGAGGCAAACGGGGCGCCACCAGCUGUGCUGGUGCAGAGCGCGGCGUCCCAACAACACCAACACGGGCGAGCAUACGACGACACGCAAUCGUCGUCGUUCGGGGCCGACAGCAGCAAACUCAUGUCCCCGGUGUCGCCCGAGCUGCCAGACAGCGCACGCAGCAGCACCAGCGCGGGCUCCACGUUUGUGAUUGCGGACAACACACAAGAUGACACAGUGGUGGACAUUGACGAAGCAAUCGCAGCCGUGCGCGCACAGCAACACCGUGAGCAACAACAAGUCGACAAGCAGCAGCAGGUCCAGCAGUCCAAGGGGCUGCCCGCAUCAGCAGCCGGCGGCACGACCGCUGUCGGCGAUGGUGAUGGUGACGAGGAUGAGGAAGCGGCAACGAAGCGGUGGGAUGUGCGCACGCUGGUGGCAUUUGUGGUAGUGUCGAUGUUUGUUGGGCCGGCGAUCAAGUUUGGGAUUGUGCUGCUGCUUGGGGAGAGCGUGUUUACGGGGGCGAAUGCGUCGCUGCUGCAGCUUGUGCUGUCGAUCCAGUGUGUGACGCCGACGGCGAACCUUGUUGUUGUUGUGAACCAGCGGGAGGGGAACCGGCGGGUGGCUGAGCGGCUGUCGCGCGGGGUUGUCAUGCAGUAUGUCGCAGCCAUCGUCACAUUGCUCAUAGUGACGGCCAUUGCCGUGAGCUCGUUCUACGGUGACGUGGACACGGUUGAUGGCGGCCCCUCCAACGCGACGGCGGCAACCACCACCGCGCCUUGAGGAAGGGAGGACAAGCCAGGUGUAGCGUUGGGGGGGGGGG